AUGGUCCGCUUGUCCAUGUCCCACGCCCCAGCCGGGCUAUCGUGGCCCUCGCUUUAUAUCAUUGUGUCACUGUUCCUUCUCUCCUUGGUGACCGUGGCCAAUGCGCUGGCGUAUGAACCACAGAAACCUCUCGCCGGGACUGGGAUACCACCGGAGGGUUCUUCUUCCACCUUUGACAAUUUGUCUGCCGAGGCCGAUCUCGGAGAUGGCGAUGCGACAGGACCGUUGAGCUGGGCGCGUCCCGCUGAGACGCUGCAGUAUCUUCUUGACGCGUUGAAUGUCAUGCAGGAUGAAUACUUUGUGCUAUGGCUAGGCACGUGGCCAUCUAGCAUCGAUUGGACCGCUGCUGUUUUGGGGACACAUGUCGCAGCCACGCUAUCUUCAUUCUCGUCCAGUGGAUUGGACGUUGUUGAGGACGAGAAAUCGCACGAGGCUUCCUUCCUUGCAUUUGAAAACACCAUUAAUUACUUCUUCAGCCAGACAAGUACAUUCUACUUCGGCGAGAAUGCUUUCAGUCUGCGGAACCAGGCCUACGACGACAUGCUCUGGGUGGUGCUGGACUGGCUGGAGAAUAUCAAGUUCCAGGACUUGCAUUCGAACCUCUACUAUUCCACAUCCAACGCCUCUUCGGCAAAUGCCUCGUCGCAGGGCUGGUAUGGCACGCAAUUCCGUGAUGCGGCAGCACACCGAGCGCGGAUCUUUUACGAGCUUGCCUCGGCUGGGUGGGACAAGACUCUCUGUAACGGUGGGAUGAUUUGGAAUCCCACUCUGAUACCUUACAAGAACGCCAUCACCAAUGAGCUGUAUAUCUCUGCCAGCAUUGCGAUGUAUCUCUAUUUCCCCGGCGAUCCUAUCGACGCGCCAUUCCUCGCCAAUUCUCAGAACAAAGCACCCACGCAGCGAUACCCUCACAAUCCUGUUCAUCUCAACGCUGCCAUUGAUGCCUAUAAAUGGCUCAAGAACUCCAACAUGUCUGGUCCCGGUGGCCUCUAUGCCGAUGGCUUCCACAUCAGCGGCUGGCGUAGCGCAGCGCAGCCGGGAUCACGCAAAUGCGACGUCCUCAACACGAUGGUGUACACUUACAACCAAGGUGUCGUUCUCAGCGGGCUGAGAGGUCUCUGGCUAGCCACCGGCGACCAGGACUACCUACGCGAUGGCCAUGAGCUGAUUCACAAGGUGCUGCGCGCUACUGGAUGGCCGAAUACAUCCUCUGUGAGAUGGGCCGGUCUUGGCCGAGGCGGCGUACUGGAAGAUACAUGCGACUCCCAUGCAAGUUGCUCGCAGGACGGGCAGACCUUCAAGAGCAUCUUCUUCCACCACCUGGCGGAGUUCUGCCGGCCUCUGCGGCAACAGGAGGUAUGGUUCUUGGAGAACGAGAAACGGCAGCCCGUUGCCGAAGAGGGAUGGGAUGAGGUGUUUGAUCGGCACCUACAGCGUUGUCGUGCUUACGGGCCUUGGGUAGAGCAUAACGCGCGGGCUGCGCUGGUGACUGUCGACGAUGAUGGUAAAUUCGGUCAGUGGUGGGGUCUACCGUUCCAGCAGUUCGUGGUCUCGAGUAAUAUCGUGAAUAGUAGCACUCUCCCUCCUGGCGCGGUAGACUACCGUAACGACGGGUUCGAUGCAGAUGCUGCGACUGGUGGUGUACCGCGAGACUUCAACGACCGGGGUCGUGGUCGCACGGUCGAGACGCAAGCCGGUGGUGUGGCUGUCCUGAGAGCCUUGUUGCAAUGGCAGACCAGUGAUGCUCUUUUAUGA